UAACUUUUCUACGUCUCUCUCUCUCUGCAAUUACUCUUGGAGAGCAUCUCUCUCUAGAAUAUUGAGUAUUGCUGACUUGAGUGUCGAAGUGUUUUUCUUGAGGAAAUACCCUCGGGAAUUUCAAGUGUAGAAGCAGCUGAGGACUUCAACAGUGUUGGACCACGAAGCUGCCCAAACAUUUAGCGCCGUCUGUGGGAACCUGAACAAAAAGCAUUGUGACUUAAUCGACAUGAACUGAAAAUGGUGCACACUUUCAUAGGAAGCCACCCCUCAAGAGGCAAUGUGGACAACCAGGAUAACACUCAUUCCAACACUUCAGAUGAUGAUGAAAGAACACCUACAGGGUAUGCAACCCAACCUAAAGAACAGUUUCACAUCCCGUCUGAAGCUAGACGAAGGCAUCCUAGGCAUAAUACUACACAACCUGUGGAGAGACCUGUAAAAUAUGCUCGAACAUCCGAGUUGGAAGAAAGAACAAGAGUUCUGGAGAUAGCCAUGAGAAAAAUUCUCUCUCGCUUGAACCCCGAUGACCCCUUAAUUCCCUUGCUGAAUAGGGGUGAACAGCCAGCAGCAGUAGUUGCAACCCGUAACUCCCCGGCCCUAAGCAAUGCUCUUGACUUGGAUAGUGCCCCCCUCAACUUGUCCAUUACGGCUGAACCAUAUCAAGAGGGAUUUAAGAUUCCUCAUUUGGAGACAUACGAUGUCUUCGGAGACCCGGAUGAGCAUUUGCAUACUUAUCAAGCCAUCAUGAGGAUCCAGAAUGCCACUGACGCCAUGAUGUGUAAAGUCUUCCUUGCGACCUUGAAAUCAAUGGCUAGAAGAUGGUACCACAAGUUACCUAGACAUUCUAUAGCCUCAUAUUCUGAGCUCGCCACUUUGUUUUCGAACAAGUUCCUGAGUAAAAGAGAAAUCAAGCACACCGCUACUGAGUUGAUGCAAGUUCAUCAGAAGGAGGGAAAGUCUUUAAGGGACUAUAUGCAACGGUUUAAUAAGUCCACUCUAGACAUUGAUAAUGUCCCGGAUACCAUUUGCUUAUCUGCUUUGUUGCAUGGCCUUAAACCUGGCCGGUUUCUAGACGACCUGCUAGAGAAUCCACUAAGUCGUGGAAUGAAGAUUCCCCCACCAUCUGGCACAAUCAAUAUGAUCUCUAGUGGUAUGCAUUCAGGAGGCCAAAGUGCUCGAGGUCGUAAGGCUUAUGCUCGUCAAGUCAUGACGCUGAAUCCGAGCUCAUUGCAGAAGUAUGAAGGGUGCAUAUAUGGGUUUGAUAACCAACCCGUCUCGGUGGAAGGAGUAAUUACUCUUCCCAUCUACGUGGGCUCGGAACCACGCUUUAGGAUGGCUUUAGUUAACUUUCUAGUCGUCAAAAUGGAGUCAGCUUUCAAUGCCAUACUAGGAAGAACCACCCUCUGCGAGCUGAAGGUUGUCAUCUCACAACCUCAUCUCUGUAUGAAAUUCCUAACUCCUUAAGGGGUAGGAGUACUUAAGGGGAACCAAAAGAUGGCCAGAACCUGCUAUCAAGAUACAUUCAAGAAGGUUGAGCUCGUUGCAGCCCCAAGAGGCUCUUUUGAAAGUCACAAGUCGACUUAGCUCCACCAAUAGACAAUGAGCAUAUUAGAUAUUGAGCAUCGAUCUGAAGGUGUCAAGCAGAAGGCUGAGCCAGUAGAACCAGUGGAAGCGGUCCCUUUGAACCCUGACAUUCUGGAAAGAACAGUUAAGGUUGGCACUAAACUUUCAGCGGAAGAACGAGCAGAGCUUUUGGGGUUUCUGAGGGCUAAUCAAGAUGUGUUUGCGUC